CCAGAUAUUUUGAGACGGUUCAGUAUUUUAUUUAUAUUGCCAUGAACAAAAAUUAGGUCUGCCUACCUAAGUUCUCUGUGUUCUCAUGCAGUCCAACACUCGCGAGAUCAACAAGGAGAGUAAGUUAAGGAAACAUGGCGAUGUCGAAUUUAUUAAAGAACAAAGGGUCCCUCCAGUUUGAGGACAAGUGGGAUCUGAUGCGCCCAAUUGUCCUCAAGUUACUUCGCCAGGAGUCUGUAACCAAGCAGCAGUGGUUCGAUCUUUUCUCAGAUGUUCAUGCAGUCUGUCUAUGGGAUGACAAAGGCCCAGCAAAAAUUCACCAGGCUCUGAAGGAGGACAUUUUAGAUUUUAUAAAGCAAGCCCAGGCGAGAGUGCUCAGUCACCAAGAUGACACGGCCCUCCUCAAGGCUUACAUUGUUGAGUGGAGGAAGUUCUUCACUCAGUGUGAUAUACUACCUAAGCCAUUUUGCCAGCUUGAGAUCACGCUAAUGGGGAAGCAAGGAAGCAACAAGAAGUCCAACGUGGAGGAUAGCAUAGUGCGUAAGCUGAUGUUGGACACUUGGAACGAAUCCAUUUUUUCCAACAUCAAGAACAGGCUACAGGAUAGUGCAAUGAAGCUGGUCCAUGCUGAAAGACUCGGAGAAGCUUUUGACUCUCAGCUGGUCAUCGGGGUGCGCGAGUCUUAUGUGAACCUGUGUUCCAAUCCUGAUGAUAAGCUGCAGAUCUACAGGGAUAACUUCGAGAAAGCCUACCUGGACUCCACUGAGAGGUUCUACAGGACACAGGCUCCUUCCUACCUACAGCAAAAUGGAGUACAAAACUACAUGAAAUAUGCAGAUGCUAAAUUAAGGGAGGAGGAAAAACGUGCACUACGCUAUUUAGAGACACGACGUGAAUGUAACUCUGUUCAAGCACUUAUGGAAUGUUGUGUAAAUGCACUGGUGACGUCGUUCAAAGAAACAAUCUUGGCAGAAUGUCCAGGCAUGAUUAAACGCAACGAGACUGACAAGCUUCACCUGAUGUUCUCGCUGAUGGAUAAAGUGCCCAGUGGAAUUGAACCCAUGCUUAAGGAUUUGGAGGAACACAUCAUCAGUGCUGGCCUGGCUGACAUGGUUGCUGCUGCUGAGACGAUCACGACAGACUCUGAGAAGUAUGUGGAGCAGCUUCUCACUCUGUUCAACCGCUUUAGUAAACUUGUGAAGGAGGCAUUCCAGGACGAUCCUCGAUUCCUCACAGCCAGAGAUAAAGCAUACAAAGCAGUUGUGAACGAUGCCACAAUAUUUAAGUUGGAGCUACCUAUGAAACAAAAGGGAGUGGGCCUUAAAACGCAACCCGAGUCCAAGUGUCCAGAGCUGCUAGCCAACUACUGCGACAUGCUGCUGAGGAAGACGCCACUCAGCAAGAAGCUCACCUCAGAGGAGAUCGAGCUGAAGUUAAAAGAAGUGUUGCUGGUGCUAAAAUAUGUCCAUAAUAAGGAUGUAUUUAUGAGGUAUCAUAAAGCCCAUCUAACCAGGAGGCUGAUCCUGGACAUCUCAGCUGACAGCGAGAUUGAAGAGAACAUGGUCGAAUGGCUCAGGGAAGUCGGUAUGCCGGCCGAUUAUGUCAACAAGCUAGCUAGAAUGUUCCAAGACAUCAAAGUCUCAGAGGAUCUAAACCAGGUCUUCAAGGAGAUGCAUAAACACAACAAACUUGCUUUACCAGCUGACUCCGUAAAUAUAAAGAUCCUGAAUGCUGGAGCAUGGUCACGCAGCUCAGAGAAGGUCUUUGUUUCACUUCCUACUGAGCUGGAGGACCUCAUCCCUGAAGUUGAAGACUUUUACAAGAAGAAUCACAGCGGCAGAAAGCUGCACUGGCACCACCUUAUGUCCAACGGCAUCAUCACAUUUAAGAAUGAAGUGGGUCAGUAUGACUUGGAGGUCACAACCUUCCAGCUGGCUGUUCUUUUUGCCUGGAACCAAAGACCCAGAGAGAAGAUCAGCUUCGAAAACCUGAAGCUUGCCACUGAGCUGCCCGAUGCAGAGCUGAGACGCACACUCUGGUCUCUCGUUGCCUUCCCAAAACUCAAACGACAGGUGCUAUCAUACGAACCUCAAGUGAGCUCUCCCAAAGACUUCACCGAUAGUACAUUGUUCUUCGUUAACCAGGAAUUCUCCUUGAUAAAAAACUCCAAGGUGCAGAAAAGGGGGAAGAUUAACCUGAUUGGCCGCCUACAGCUGACUACAGAGCGAAUGAGAGAGGAGGAGAACGAGGGCAUCGUUCAGCUAAGAAUAUUAAGAACACAGGAGGCCAUUAUUCAAAUUAUGAAGAUGCGAAAGAAGAUCACGAAUGCCCAGCUGCAGACCGAGCUGGUGGAGAUCCUGAAAAACAUGUUCCUUCCCCAGAAGAAGAUGAUCAAGGAGCAGAUUGAAUGGCUGAUUGAGCACAAGUACAUCAAGCGUGAUGAGUCAGACAUUAACACCUUUAUCUACAUGGCAUAGCACUGAGGUUUACGCUGGAAAUGCUUAUCGUUCCAAUCAAGAUGAAGACAGUGAACCUGCACCGGCUCAGCAGUGGGAGAGGAGUGCUGACACAAUGGAGCAACCAAGCUGGCUGCUGAUCUUCUCGUGGAGUGAUGGGCUUGUUCUACACGACAGUCACACACCAGAAUAGCUUGUUUUCAAGAAAAAUCCCUGCCUUACCUUACAGUAAAGAAACCUGAGAUGAGGAUUGGAGAUUUCAAAGGAAAAACAAAACAAAACAAAAAAUGAACUAUAUUUUUGCCAACAGGUAGUCAGUAUGCAUGGUGGGUGGUUUGCCUUUUUUUUUUUUUUUUUGUUUGUUUUUUUUUUUUGUGAGUGUCGACAUCAACAGCAUGCUGUCGGUGGGAAUGUCUAUCAUCCGAGGACUUGUUUGUGUGUGCCGUGUUUGUGUGUGUGUGUGUGUCCUUGUCUGGUCCAGGCUGUGUUCACUUCCUCUCCUCUCCAGCUCAGCGCUCAGCCUGGUCCAUAAGCUCACACUGCAGCCACAUGGGAGCUCCGUCACCAGGAUGGUGGACUGGAGCGUUAGCACUUUACGCAUUCUGCCACACAUUCAGCAUGGCCGUGUUCCCGUCAUCUGUUCUGUGUUGCUUUGGUUCAUUUUUUUUUUUUUUUUUUGAGAUGUUAAACAUGGAUAGUUGAUGACGGUAUAUGGCAGCCAUGUUGAUAUAACAGAGAAGUUCACUUUACUUCCCCCUUAUUCUGCAGGCCGGACCGAAGUCGAUAAUAACGAAUAUCAGAUACAGUUACAGUGUGAUACAACAGACACGCUGUAGUACUGCUGUACAGUGUGGGGUUUAGUAGCCGUCCGUUCCGUUAUCAGAGUUUUGUUUCGCCUCGGAGAUAACGUUACUUUUCUUCCAUUCAAGCCGCUAAAGGACAUUUUGUCUGGCUUCUUAGUGAGUUAAUCGGGGGCAGCUGUGUUAUAUUGGAACCGUUUGAUUUCAUAAAGCGUCUCUCGGCACCUUGCACGUCGUCCACACGGAAGGAUCGAUAUUAUCAUUCUUACAUAAAUUAUAUAGGCAAUAUUUUCUAGCGCAUUUCAUUUUUACUUACUCGUUUAGGAUCGGUUCCCUCUGACAGAUAUCAUUACUCUGUUUCUAAAUGAUGUCAUUUUUAUAGCACAGCCUCCUCACACCUGAUUAAAUUUCAGCCAUGUCAUAGUGAUGUUUUUCCUUAUCAGACUCGUGUGAUGAAUGAUCAUUUAAAAAAAAAAUUUGUCUUGCUACCUACACAGCCUACUGAAAAUGUUUCACACCAGUCAUUAGUUGGGUUGUUUACACUGGCCUACAUAAGCACGUGUUUUAAAGUAUCUGGAGGUCAUUUGGCCUGUGAUGAUGAAAAAAACAAUCAUUAAAUAUUACAUAAAGCAACAUUUUGUGAAUCAAAGGUCGAGUGCAUAUAUGACACAUUAUAUACCAUCACCAUGUUUUAGUAUUAAUACCUAUACAUUUUUUUAAUAGUCACUCUUAUGUAAAUCAGCCAUAAAUACGAUGUAGCAUUAAAUAGGUUACAUACAGGGUUUAUUUAUACACCUUUAUUUUAUUUAUUAAUCAUUAUACAAUCCUGAGCCACACAAAUCAUCAUCAUUCAUCUCAACAUGAAAACGAGCACCCAGUCGAAGGCCAGGCAGGAAAAACCGACACUUACAGAGACCGAAUGCUUCAUCAGUAAACACGAUGCAGUGAUAAGUCACUCGUUUAUUCACCUUCAGUAAGCACUUUAUCCAAGUCAAGGACACUCUGGAUCUGUAGCCUAUUACAGGAACAUUAUGUACAAGGCAGGAUUUUUAUCCAUUAUGGAUUCCAGUCUAUGGCAGGGUAUCGUACACACACACACACACACACACACACACA